AUGCACUCCUCCCUCAACCGCGCGCAAGCGGUCUUUGGCUUCUUCACCACCGUCGCCCUGGUGGUCGCGGGACUGGCCGCGCUCUCAGUGCUCCUAUUCCCCAGCGAUGCCACGGCGUCGGUUUCGCUGAAGAACGUCCAGGUAACCAAAGGCCGUCCUCACUACUACUCCACGAAACGCGAAGAGUACGCGCAGCUCCGCUUCGACCUUGACGCCGACCUGACUCCCCUCUUCAACUGGAACACCAAGCAGCUCUUCGUCUACGUCUACGCUAGCUAUUCGUCCUCCGAUAAAGCGAACAGCCAAGUGCGCCCCUCCGAGGCUAUCAUCUGGGACUCCAUCAUCGAGGCGCCGACUUCGCCCUACUCAUGGGAUGCGUUGAAGGAAAAAGCCACCGCCCUGCUCCCGGCCUCUGUCACCGGGAAGCGCGCGCCUAAGAAGUCCAAGGCAUCGAACAAGAAGAAGGACCAGAAGAAGGAGGAGGCACAGCCGGGCGUGCUUAGGCUGCGGGGACAAAGGGCCAAGUAUCAGAUCAAUGAUAUUACGGGUCGUCUGGCAGAGAGGCAGAACGUGACGCUUUCCGUGGGGUGGAAUGUGCAGCCAUGGGUUGGGGCUCUGUGGUGGGCGCCUGCUACUGGGGCGGUGCCGAGGACGGAUGGGAUUAUUGUGAGCAGUGAGGCGUUUGAUUUCCCGCCUUUGAAGGGGAAGAAGGUUGAGGGACAGGCCGCGGAGAGUGUUUAG